UCCAAUGGCGUGCGCUACAGUUGAAAAGGUCCGAGGCCUCCUAUAUUCAGACACUGGGCAUAUACGUGGUGGUCAGCAUUCUCCAUCCGCAGCAAAUCUGCAUUCAACAAGCUCACAGCUAGCAGUAGCUCGUGCACUUCACCAAGAUUCGGUCUCUCGGCACGCUCGCACAUUCAAAGCCAACUCUUAUGCACAUUUGGCCAAUUUAUGGCCCGGGGCAUUCUCGGGCAGGCGUGUUGAAGGAGUUCCUUUGGGCAACUCAAAGGUUUCUAAAACAGCAAGAAAAGCACACCAAAUUCUGGCCAGCACAACCAGACAAGUCAAGGUUUCAGCAGCCACUCUGGAUGCAGUAGAUACAAUCCCUGAGCAUGCAGAAGAAAAUAACGGCGCCAAAACCCCGGCAGGCUCAGGUGGUCUACGGGUGUACAUUAUUCUGGUUCCACUGGACCUCCCCAAUGGAAUCCUGGCGGCAGCGGUUGAUUUCACACGAGUUGCCUUCAAGCAGCGGAUGGAGCAUGCAAUGACGCUGGUGGAAGGGCCUGAUGGGAAGUGUGUUUGCUUUGACUUCCGGCCAGUGGACCCCGAGAGCCCCAGCGUCUGCUUCACGCUGCUGACUGGCAGAACGUCCCCAGGCAUCUUACGUCAAUCCCGGCUGAGCCGGCUACCGCGGAAGAACUGCUGGCUGGUAGGCGAAUCAAAACGGAGCAUCGAGGAGGCGGUCGACUUCCACAAUAAGUGGGACUCCAGGCUGCACCUCGUGCGGAACAACUGUUACACGCACACAGAUGCACUCGUGGAACACCUGACGGGACAGCCGCGAAUCCUCGAGACCCUGCAAUUGGGAGCCCAGAAGCGCCUGGUUGAGGUGUUUGCCCUCAAGGAGCGCAAGCAGGCCUGACGCACCGCGCAAACGCAUUCGAGCCAGGUCAUUGUGUUGACGUUUAGGUGGCCAUUUGGCUCAUCAGCGCGGAAAGGUCGCUUAGUAGUUUUGUGCAGAUUUGGUGAAUUUAGAGUAGACGCUAGGGUUGUAUCAGGAAGUUAGCGUUUGUACAUUUGGAUCGCAGAGAACCACAGAUUCGGGGCUGCUGUGUUUGUGUACGGUGUCAACUAAGGGGACUUGAAGCCCGUUUCGUGCUAUCCAUUCACCUUGAUUCGAGGAUUGACAUUGCCGUACUUCCGUGGUCUAGGCUCAAAGUAGGGGUAAGGUGAUUUAGGGCAAUGUUAUCUGUUGGAUUGAGUAACUGAGCGAGAGACUUUGUACAGCAAGGGCAGCAGGAGAGAAAUAAGAAGCCAUGGGUUUGUAAGCGAAUCUGAUGUAAGUUAAGGUGGCCCAAAACGAGUGAGUGGUUAACAUUAGAUUGUACAACAGGAACUGACCUGAAAAGAACUCAAUGUGCGAGACAAAGACCAUUGGAACCGUCAACGAUCAUUAUGUUCGACGCGGUACGUUCAAUACCUUCGAAAACAGGCU